UUUGAAGCUCCUAAUGUACAAUACUAUAAAGGGAAAGAAAAAUUGAACGAAAAUACCCAAGAAGAAAGUUCCUCAAGAGCGAAAAGAUUAAAACUACAAUUGACAAUGUUAAAGUCGUCUCUUAAAGCCCUGUGUAUUGAACCGUGGGUCUUCCUUUAUCCAAGGAUGAAAGGAUCUAGGGAAGAAAUGAACGAAGAACCCAAGGACGAGACAAAUUCGAACACGGAAAAUGUUCCCAUUUUCCGUUCUUACAUCUACCGCAAUGAAAUAAACCAAUUUGAUUUAAUCAAUCCAAUGCCAUCCUUACAACAUGACUCAUCUACUGUCCCAAUGAUAGUUUAUCCGUCGUGGAGACCAUCUCCUUCAUUGGAAUUAUAA